AUGUCAAGGAGAGACUCCGAAGAUUCAUCUCCACACGACGAAUUGAAAAGUCGCUCAACAACACCUCAUUCAAAUCAAAAUGAAGGAAACGACGAAACGAUGGAAGAAGACAGUAAUGAAGAUAACGGCGACCAUUGCAAAGACCCAUCCCUCAUCACAAGGAUUUGCGAUGUGAAGUUUUCGCGACCGCACGGCGAUAUUCUUUAUCGCGUUUGUUGGUAUCAGGGAGGUGUUUUGAGAAAAACAUGGGAAACUGAAAAGCAGAUGCAAACUUGGACAAGAGAUCCAAUGGUCGCCAUUGUGUUUCAAGAUUUUCAAUUUUGUAAACAAGAUGCUUUAAAAGUUGCAAUGCAGAAGAAAACGGAGUUGGAGACAAAGAAAUCUGGUCCCGGUUGGGUAUAUGAAGAAAGACCAGGUGGUGCAGCUGAGGAUGAGCCAGAAGUUUUUUAUGGAUCGAGCACUGAUCAAUUGGCCGGCGAAACGGCCCGGUUAUUUGACCCAUCUCACAAAUUCACUGAAACAGAAAAGAUGUUAGCAAAAGUGAACACACUUUCCGGCAAACGUUUAACGAGGUCUCAACUAAACGUUGUACGCAAGAAUGAAGGCAGCGAUAGCAGUGCUCCUCCAAGUCGCGGUACUACGCCAGUUCCAAUUCGUGGUCGAAAAACCCGCGGGGUAACCAAAGCCCCUCCAGCUCGUCGUGGAAGGGGCAGAAAACAAGCUGGCUCAACCCGAGUCGAACAAGAAAAUGCUGAUAGUACGGUGGAAAAUGAGGUUGUAUCGGAUGAGCCAAUUAUUCAAUUUGUGCCAAGUGUUGCCUUUCCGGAGGAGGAUUCGCCAACGUCAUCUGUAGCUUCGAAUACUCCAAGCAAGUCACCCAAAAAAUCCGUGAAAAAACGCGUAACUCUUGAAGAUGACGAGGAUACACAACCAAUCGAAAACAAAACAGCGGCACAGGAAUCCAAUGAAUCGACUUCCGCAGCCCAGCAUCCAAUCAAAAAACGAGCUUUGGUGGGAAGACGCGUGCUUUCACUUGAAGAAAUGGGCAUUACAACAGCGAUGAUUGAACAAGCGUCAAAGCCGUUUGAUGAGACUAAACGACUCGUGGCAAGAAAGGCACAUGAAGAGCUAGCCGAUCAAGUUGACAAGAUUGCUGGAUCGCUUCGAAAUAGCUCGAUUCAAGAGACAUUCACACAAGCUAUUUUGGAAGGCAAGAUCGAAAGAGCCCGGGAACUUGUCGAGUUUCACAAAGUGUGCCCAAUGUCGAGUGAUUUUAAUCUCCUUGCCACCGAUCGAAUAACCGGACAAAACUUACUCCAUAAGGUUUGUCAAAUUUCAUGCAAUGACGCAAAAGUCCGUCGUCCUGAAUAUACACACGCACUUUGUGAUACUGCUGAAUAUCUCAUUGUAUCUGGGCUGGAUCCUCGUCAAGUCGAUUCCUCCGAGAAAACAGCUCUUCAGUAUGCUAUCGAUAAGAAAAUCCUUUGUCGAGUUCGCCGUCUUUUAGCACUUCGUGCGCCAGUUAACAUUCGAGGCAUUGAGCUAAAAAACUCUAUUCUCUAUCAAACAUACAUUGCUAACAAUCGUCUGAUUUUCAAACUCUUGUUGGAUAAUGGAGCUAAUUUUGCUCCACUAGAGCAUGAGAUCCGCCACAACAAAGUCCCGUUUAACAAGUUUAUCAAGGAGGACUUGCUCAAGCAUUUUCAUAUGCUCAAGCAGCGAUUCAAUGAUGCAAAAAGAAAAGUGCUAAUUGACAUCGAAGAGGUACACCCCGUGAGUCCGAUGUAUGUCGCCAAUUUCUAUGAGGGUCCAAAGUUAUGGUUUGAUUUUCACUAUAAUGCUGAAAAGAUUCCGACCGCUGAAUACUUUUUUGUGCUAUUUGUGGCAACCGCGGUCGUUGAUGAAACUAACAGGUGGCACCUGGCCCUAUGGGGCGACUCGCCUUUGGAGACUGAACCAGUGCUAAAUGACGACGAUAUGAUACCAAUCCAGUUCAUUGAACAAUAUGGCCCAAUGAAUACCGCUUCGAAGAAGUCGGCUAUUUUUCUGGGAACGCCAUGUGUGGGCGCAAAUCGACUUAGCAUCACACUAAAUCAAAAUAAAGGACCUCCACCACUUGGGAAUGGAUUUGCCUACGCACUAUCCCACAAUUGGAAAAUCGUUUUACAGAUGUCUCUGCUGAAAAAAUCGCGACAGAAGGGUAUUCUAAAACAGCCCACUCAAUCGGUUUUGGAACGUGCCCCCGAUGCACCAUCGUCUUAUUAU